AUGUUUGGAGAAGUUGAUCAUUACAAGUCUUUCCUCCUCGAAAUUGUGUGGCCCGAGAAUUAUCCAGAAACGUUGCCAGUUAUAAAUUUGGAUUUAUUUUACAACAGCAGUCUUUUUAAUGAGGUUAAAAGUCAUAUCAGCGAGCAGCUGACUAACGAGGCAAAGAAGUCUUUAGGCAUGGCUGUUACUUAUACUUUAAUUGAAUAUGUAAAAGAAAAUUUGGACGACCUUUUGAAAGACCAAACUGAAGUGGCUGUGUUAGACGAGAAAAUGCCUUCUUACGUGAUGGAAGAUCCAGAAAAAACUACGAAGAACCCAAAAGAAGUCCCUAAAAAGGUGCAAAUGUCAAAGGCACAAAAGAAGCGGAUGUGGGACAGAACGACUGCGGCCAAUCUUGGAGAACAGGUUACAGCCAAAUUUCGUCUUAUUUAUUUCCAUAUCCUCUCUAAAGAAGUUGCGAAUGGAAGGGCUCUACCGCAACCAUGGCCUAUUGGAAGUAAGGAUCGACAUUACAGAAUAAAAAAAUUGAUCGAGGCGUUACUGAAAGAUAAUUACGAUAUUGUCGCUUUACAAGAGAUAUGGGGAGAAAAAGAUUAUUGCCAGAUCAGUACUGCUGUCAAAGGCUCCUAUCCGUAUUCGUUCUAUUUUCAUAGUGGUUUUACUGGAAGCGGUGUAUGCGUUUUUACGCGAUUUCGAAUAGUCUCUACGAUUAUGCAUCGUUACUCUCUAAAUGGCUUCGCCCACCAUAUUCAUAGGGGUGACUGGUUUGGGGGAAAAGUGGUUGGGAUGGUUGAGCUAGAGGCAGAGAAGUACCGCAUAAACUUCUACACAACUCAUUUACACGCAGAGUACAAUCGUGAAAAUGAUCUUUAUUUACCUCAUCGGCUUUCUCAGGCGUUUGAGUUGUCACAGUUCGUAAAACACACAAGUUGUGGGGCAGAUGUUGUGAUACUAACAGGUGAUUUUAAUUUGGAACCUGAAGAUCUUGGUUACCGUGUUAUUGUGAAUAAUGCGCAAUUAAAAGAUGCAUGGUUGUAUAGGCCAGACAAAGAUGACAGAGAUUGGGGCACUACUUGCGACCGUCCAGAUAACUGUUAUACACCCAACAUCAAAGAAUUGUUGAAAAGCAAAGGGAAACGUUUAGAUUAUAUCAUGUAUAAAGGCGUAAAUGCUUCACUGACUCUCACAACUUGUGAAAACCGUCUUAAUAAAGUACCUGGAGAAGAAGGAUUGAAUUACAGUGAUCACCUGGGUGUUUAUGCCGAAUUUACUAUAACUGACGAGAAAAAGAAAGAGGGUCAUGAUAAUUAUUUGACAUCAGCAGUAUUGAAGGAAGCAAUACCUAUAUUACGUAAAGGCGAAAACCGUGCUCUAUUUGACCGCCAACUGUUUCUGGGAUUAUGUGUCGUUCUGGUCGCUCUUUUUUUCUGUACCCUUAACAUUGAAAUUUAUUAUCCAUCCUGGAGUAUUGUGACUACCGGUUUUCGAUUUUUAAUCACGCUCUUGAUCGGUUUUUGCACCUGGUAUGGACUAAUCGGCUUAACGAUGGAACUAAAAGCUCUGAAAGCAGCGAAAUUUUCAAUGACGAUGCUCCUGAGUGAUUGA